GGAAGCGGAAGCGGAAGCUUCCGAUUUAAGCCGGAAAAAACCGAGGCGCCAAAAUCGAAAAGUUUUGAUCUUUCAGAGGUGGGAAUAUAAAUAGACCAUUCGUUCGGCCGCGUAAGUGCAUCAGUUUACGGUUUUUUGCGUUUCCGCGUGAUUUAGACUCCUCCCUGAAAAUGGACGCGACGUCGCGGUUCUUUACCAAGCUGAGAAAGCUGGCGGUGACUCUAGAGUCCGAAACUGCCAAGCUCCAGCACGCCUUUGACAACCGCAGCAACGACGACGGCGACGGCGAAACCACUGCGAAAGCGAUGCGAGCAUACCACCAACUGAACUGCGAAGUCGGGAACCUAAAGGGGCAGAUCCAGGAUAAUUUGGCUCAGCAGAAAGCCCAGGAGAAUGAGGUGAACAGUUUCAUUAAGGCCUGCAGAGUGAUGGAGCAGAGGGUCACUAAGGACAUCCAGAGUCUGAAAGGACACUGGGAGAAAUACGGUUACCAAGCUCCCGGAGACGCAGAGCAACCGUCCAUCUCUUACACAGACGACAAAGGUCAGGAGUCCGAGGGUAAAGACGAGGUAGCCGAUGAGAAUGAAGCCAAGUCAGCAGGAGAAGACGAGGGAAGCCAGGAGGAGGCUGGAGAUGAUCAGUCCUCACCAUCUCUGAAAGUGGGGCCGCCGCCCUUCGCUGACGUGCUGCGAACACCGCAGCUUUCUGACUUCGGCCUGUCUGAGAUGCAGCUGAAGAGAGCUCUGGCUGGGGCGGAGUGGUGCGCUGAAGUGCCCCCUAUGCCUGAGAUGAGCCUCCCCCACCCCUCGCUCAACACGCCCGCACCACCGCCCAUGCCCGUAACUCCCAAAUGCGCCCUGCGGAUGGAUGAUGACGAGCUACAGACACCCCAGAUGCAUGACUUUGGCAUCUCGGAGCACACCGUGUGUCUGAACAACGACUUCACUAUGGACCUGCUCCGGAAGAACGUUGAAAAGCCCCAAAGACCCCCACAAGACCAACCUGUACCACCAGUGGAGUCUCUAAGGGAGAGUUUGCAGACAAAAGAGAACUUGGAGUCCCCAGAACCACCUGUAUUUUGCACCCCGGGGUUCAAGAUCAAAAAGACAAACGGUCUCUGCUCCCCACCUGCGCAAGGCAGUGGUGACCCAGAAUCCCCUGGUCGCCCCGAACACCUGCCCGCCACCCCUGAGGUCCCAGCGUUUCAAACCCCAUACGUGAACAGACUUGUCAGCACCAAAAAGAGUGCACAGCAGCCCAAGCCCAUCACCAUGCAAGCUGAGGAUCACGGCCACACUUUCAAACUUCCAACGCCUGCUCACAACGGAGCAAACUGCUCCAAACGCACCUGGGAGUACGAUGUGCCAGACAUAUCCGUCAUGGGUGUGGAGGACAAGCAGAUGCCAGAGAUGCCAAACCUGGAGUCUGUUUUGGGAAAUUCUCUACAAAGUAGAAGUGCGAAAAUCCCAAAGAAGAAUAGUGAGCGUGAAAAGGUGACCGCAGAGCCCACUGUCAACAGUCUGGAGCUGGACGGACCCACCCAGGAGUUCAGCCUGGGGACACCUCGCAUCAGGAUGGACUACCAAGAGCCCAGCACCCCAGAGAUGCCCGACCUCAGCUCUGUUACACAGGACAUCUGUAAACUUGUGUCCCAGGCUCAGUUGAAAAAGACUGACGUGGCAGUUGUGCAGCCAAAUGUCAGGCCAAAAAAAGAAAAACACAGCGCCGUGAGUCUGUCUGCGGUGUCCGAGAGCGAGUUCCAGAGUCUACCAAGCUACCUGAGGCAGAUGACCCUGUACAACCUCAACCAGGCAGUCCACAACAUCAACAAAUUCACAGCAGAGUUUCAAGGAGAAAAGACAGAGCUUCGGAUGGAGGAGCUGAGGAGGAUUACCAAUGUCGGAACCAAGACCCCCGUGUACAUCCUCUGUCUAACCGAGCUCAAGAGGCUGGAGCAUGUGGGAGGAGCCAGGAACACCUCCGUCUACAAACUGAGCACACGCAACUAAAGGUCGAUGGGAUACCUUACUCACUGUCCGAUUGGGAGCCAAAAUCUAGUUCCAUCAGGACUCUCAAAAACCUGCUCGGAUAUCCAUCUUUAAUCUACAGAGAUGCAGGUUUCUGGCUGUCUCUUAUGCUGUUAUCAAUAUACAAUGCAGUCUAGAAUGUAAAUAGCUCUGAUGCAUGGCUAGGUCAGUAAUAUGCACUUUUGUGAUUUUUAUGGCUCUGAAUAGAAACUGACUUGUAUAUAAUAAAACAUAAUGCAUUUCUGCACAUAAUACAGAAAUGAGCUGUCCA